AUGAAAAAUUCUUGGUUUCUUCUUAUAUGUUUAAGUCUGCUUCCAUCAAGCUUUGCAUUCCAGCCCAUCCCCAUUACAUCACUCAUCACACAUGAUGUUUCAGAGAGCAAUAAACUUUUGAACCUGGAUGUCUCAUUGGGAAAGAACCUUUUGCACAAUGAUGAACUCCUAAACACCAAUAUGGGAGACAAUUUUCACAACCUUCCACCCAUAAACCCCAAAUUAUUCAAAGGACAUGAUAUAAACUGGCUACCAGGAGACAGUGACUGGAAUUCAAGGAUCUUGGAACCUCAUGAAUUGGCUACAAUUGCAAGUGUUGAGUGUCAUUCUGGAGACCAAUACAAUUGUGAAAGUACACAAGAGUUCCCCACUUGGCAAGCAACACAAUCAUUUACUGCAUUUGAUAACGGAUAUCUUAUGUGUGUUAAUGGACAAAGUACGGAAAACCAUCAAGCUAAUCUUAUUGGAACCACAGAUAGACCUUUUCCCCUUUAUUUGAAUCAUCAUACAUCUCAAUAUGACUCAAUUUCACAACUAGAGUUUGAGAACUUCAUGACCAAUGAAUUGCAGAUAUAUGAUCAUCACACAUUAUUAGGUCAGCAAACACAGGCCCCUCAUGUGAGGAUCACACCAACAUGGGGUGACAGCUUCCAACCAAUGAUGCUAAAACAGAGGCCUUUAAUGAACCAAGAAUCAAUACUUGCAACACAAUCACCAGCUGUGCACCAGAGUCACACAUAUGAUGUAGACUCACUGGCAAAUUCCUUUAGCUUUGAUCCAGUGCAUCAUCUACAAAACUCAAACAACCUGAUGGAAGAUGAUUUCAAUCAGUAUGGAUGUGGCUGGAAGGGUCUGGGAUAUCCUCAGAUAAGCCAAUUCAUCACACAUCCAGAAAGAUUGGCAGCAGACAUGAACCAUGUUCAUACAGCUUAUUGGAAUAAGCCAUGGAAUCCUUCGAUGUCUGAAUCCAUCAAUCAACUGGAACAUACUAGUACUACUAACCCAGCGGAGGAUAAUAUUCAAAGUUACAGAUCUGCUUUGAUAAAUAUGGAAGAUCCUCAGCCUGGUCAAUACACACCACAAAUCACUCAAAACUAUAUUUCAACACCAGAAGAUUUGCAAUCAUGCCACAAUCAAUAUCCCCUCCAGGCAAAAAUGAGCACUGAUACACCACUUUGGAAUGAAUUGUCCCAGGUAGUGGAACAGGGAUUUGAAAGCAUGAGCAAUCAAUCUGAACCAGAUCUAACCAAUGAAAAGAAAUUGUCUUCUGGAAAGAAGAAAGCUUUGGAUUUGAAUAAUGGAAAAAAUGAUAUAAUCUGUGGAGGCCUGAGCAAUCAAUCUGAACCAAAUCUAACCAAUCAAAAGAAAUUGUCUUCUGGAAAGAGGAAAGCUUUGGAUUUGCAUAAUGAAAAACAUGAUAUAAUCUGUGGAGACCAAAAUACCUUGGAAAGCUCUUUGGCACACCCCAAUGAUAGACUUCAGGCCUCAACAUCAGGAAGUAUCUCAAGGCUUUUGGCAAAUGUAAAUUCUAAAAAUCAAGGCGCCAGUAUCAAUCAUUCAGUUGAUGAAGAAAAAUUUAAUGCUAGGAUAGCUAAACAGUCACGCAGGCAGGAAUCAAGAGAUGCAAUGCAAACUUUACAGAAGAUUGGUACCUUCCAGGUGUCCAGAACUCCUAGCCUUUGUUAUGAAAUUCCCCUUUGGUUUUAUAAUAUGAAUACCAAUCUACUCAAAGACCUGCCUCAAGAUCACAUUGCAAUUAAAAAUGUUUGUCAAGCUUUGAAAUGUGCCCAAAUCCAUGUCACAGCAAUUUUCUUGGGUAUCCUGUCUGUCCAUCAUCAUCAUGGAGAUGAUAUGGCUUUGCAGACAGAUAUUAUGUGGCAUGGAUGGGAGUUUUUGAAAAGGUUUUUUUCACAAUGGUACACAAUAAGUCUCAAAGAUAUAAACUUUCAAAGCAGUCCUGGGGAUAGAACAUCUCGAACAACACUUCACACCAAUGAGGCAACAUAUCUGUUGGAACCUAAUUUUUUAUUAAAAUACUUGGCAGAUACCUAUGGACUCACAACUAUAGCAAUCCAAAUAUUCACAUGUUUGAUAUAUGAAUGGACCAAGUAUGAGCCAGUGUCACAUGAUCUUCCCAUUGAUCUAGAGAAGGUGAAGCAAAAAUCUCUGCAUGUUUAUGAUCCAGAUUUUAUAUAUAGACAAGGUGGAUUUUACUCAAGAGCUGGGAUAAAUAACCCAGCAUGGGAGGUAUUGCAAUCCAAAAGCAGAACAAGAAAGUCCAUGUCCCAAAAUCACAAACACAAGACAAUGGAAGACCUCUUCCAGCAGGCAGAGUUUCUGUCCCCUCAAGGUUUUGAUAUGUGUCAUGAUAUCCACAAAUUCUUUGGAUCCUUACUUGACAGAUUAUUAAAUUCCUACAGAACUCUUUACCACUGUAAUAUACCUAUAGUCACAAAUGAAAUGCAAAGGAUGUCACAGUCCAAUGACAUACAUUCAAAUAUACAUAAGUCAAAUCUGGAAAAGAUUGUUCAGGCUUUAAGUAUGGUAGAGUAUAGAGUGACUGUAGGAUUCAUAGGGCUUGUCAGGGCACUUCACCAAGAUCAUGUUACAGAAGAUCAACUCAAGAUGAUCAGUUCCAAUGCAUGGAAAUUUUUGAAGGGAGAAUUCAACAAGUGGAACCAACUAGAUUUUGAGGGAAACUUAAAUGUCUUAUUCACUGCACCAGAAGUAGGAUACAAAUCUGAUAAAGAUUGGCUGGAUACCCAAAAAUCUUUUCGAAGACUUUGGGAAUUGGCAGGAUUGGCAAGAAAGCAAAUCCCAAUUAAAUAUGUGAAAUAUCUUCUAAAAUCAUGGACCUCCACACUCUCAAAGGGAGUGCUUGGAAAUUCAACUGAGCUAGGCUUCUUGGCAACAGAGGUUUUUGAUAGAAAUUUAUCAUUGCUGAGUAAGAAGAUUGGAGGGAUAGGAUUGCCAAGAACCUGGUACAUCUGA